GGCUGAUACUAACCCAUUUCACAAUUCCAAACCCCUCCCACACCACCAUAUAAACAAUGCCGACGCGACUCCUUAAGCAUCAUCAUCUACAAUCAAAUCAAUCGGUCAUUUCUGAAAAGCACUACACUUAAACACAUGGAGGGAACCGGAAAGGUGAAGAAGGGUGCCGCCGGAAGGAAGGGUGGUCCGAGGAAGAAGUCGGUGACUCGCUCAGUCAAAGCCGGUCUUCAGUUCCCCGUCGGUAGAAUUGGUCGUUUUCUGAAGAAUGGACGUUAUGCUAAGCGUGUUGGUACUGGUGCUCCGGUGUACCUUGCUGCCGUUCUCGAAUACCUUGCUGCCGAAGUGCUAGAGUUAGCUGGGAAUGCAGCCAGGGACAACAAGAAGCACAGAAUAAUCCCAAGACAUUUACUUUUGGCAGUUAGGAACGACGAGGAGCUAGGAAAAUUGUUGGCCGGAGUAACAAUUGCUCACGGUGGUGUUCUCCCGAAUAUCAACCCAAUUCUUUUGCCCAAGAAGACUGCUACCGCUACAGAGCCAAAAUCUCCUUCCAAGGCUGCCAAGUCACCCAAGAAAGCCGCAAAAGCCUAGUUUAAUGUUAUAUUCAAUCCUAGGGAAUCAUUCGUGUUUGAUUGUUCUUUAAAGAUCGUUGAACAGUUUUUAGUCAAUCAGUUGUAUCCAAUUCGAAUGAAUGAAACAACUUGUUUCUUAAUUUUGUGUGAUUUUAGUGUAACUUACAUAAGUCGUUUUUGGGACUACGAUUAGAAAGAUGAGAACCGAGUUCUUAAUAGUAGUAAAAAAUCAUAGAGUCAAAAGGACAAUUGUAACUUUAAC